CGUGCGAGGAGCCGGAUUUAUCCUGGGCUGGUCAGCUGACGGUUCCCGUUCUGGCCCUCGGCGGCCGGCCGGCGCGUGAGUGCGCUGUCCACACCGGCAGCUGUGGGACUGACCAGGACAGUGGUUUUCCUGAACAAAUGCACUUACCACACGCAGGUUAAAAAUAGCCCCAAGCCUGAGCGCCGAGAAGCCACCGCCAGAGAGCAGGGCUCAGCCGCUCUGCCCGCUCAGGGAGAACCAGCGAGAACCAGGGAGAAGGCUCCCGCCCGCCCGCCGCGCGCCGUCGCUCGCACCCCGCUCAGACCUGGGCCAGGAGCCACCCCAGGCCACGUCCCAGGCCGGGCUUGCAGCCACGCCCCCGCCGCCCCUGCACGGAAGGGGCACGAAAAGCACAGCGAAGUCCUCAAGGGAAGGAUGACCGGAGCCCGGGAGGGGCAGGGGAGCGGCCGCCCUCUGCUGCGGGAGCUGUGGCCCUGCGCCCCGCCCUUCCAUCCUCCUCAAGGUCACAACCAGUUCCGGGCCAGUGUGGCCUGCAACCCAGGUAGCCGCCAGCUCUCCCACUCAACGGCGGCCAUCACCCCGACGGCGGUCCGAGGUGGAGGCAGACCCUCCCAGGUCAGGUCGUGGCCCCAGCAUCCUUGAGGGAAGACUCCAGGCAAGUUCACUUCUCUGAGCCUCAGUCUUCUCAUCUUUGAGACGGGGGCAGCUGGCACCCCUCCCGCCUCAGGGAGCCAGGCAGCAUCCAGCAUGUCGCCUAAGGCCGGUACCCAAUAGGCAUGCGGUGAACGGGGGCCACUGCAGGGCCCCCGGAAUGACAGGGCAGGCUGGCCAAGCCCCACUGACGUGUAAAUGACUGCUAGUGUCCCCCAGUCUCCAGAACAAGCUGCUGGGGCAGGAGCCAACGUCUGGGAGGGGAGCUAGAGGAGGCAACUGUCCCCCACACCGUGGGCCGCACUCGUGCCCCCAGCCCCAGCUCCAUCUGGCUUCCCAGACCCACUCUAGCCCCCAACACUGGGCUGGUUGGACUGGGCAGAGGAAGAAGCUGAGAGCCUCACCCCAGGAACCCCCACCCCAGGGUGAGGUGGUCAGGCUCCGUGUCUGGUGCUGGCGGAGUGCACAGCCGGCCUUUGGUCUGCUGCAGGCUCGCCAGCCCAGUCCCGGGACCACACAGGCUUAUCUGUGGCUGGUCGCUCUGCAAGACAGGACAGUCUGUGCCGCUGGUCCCUGGCCAUGUUUCUGGGCUGGCUGAAUGCAGGGACCGCAGGCCUGCAGAGCCCAUCCGGCUCCCGCAGGUGGGGCCUGGUGUCCACGCGGUCCAGUCUCCCAAAGACUGGCCCCGGCUCCCUGGUCUCUCCCCAGAAGCUACCAACUACAGGCUCACUACCGGGUUCUUCGCUCAGGCCAGGCGGGCAGAGCAGGUGUCCCGGUAGCCCCCACACACACACCAUGUCCUCACUGCUUGUGGAGGGGCCCAGACAGCCCCAGGGAGGCCAGCUGGCCUGGUUGUGUGGAGGGGCAGACACUGCUACCCCCACACGCCCGCCAGGAGCCCUGAGAGCGUCACGGCUCCUGCCGCACUCGCCCCUCCCUUCCCACUGUCCACACGGCGCCCGGGAAGGGGUGGGCUGGGGCUGGACCCUCCGGCCAGCCAGCGGGAGGAUGAGGAGAGCGGAGCGCAGGGGACCUUGUGAAGCCACCUGGCCCCUCACCUCUGAGCUCUGAGGGACCUGGCAUCCCCCUCGCGCACGGGGGGCUGAGCCCGUGGUCGCCAUCCUCCUGGAGAGCAGGCAAGUCUGCCCCUGCCCCUCCUCAGACAGCAGUCCUGGGCCAGGUGUACAGACGUGUGUCACACACCUCCUACCCUGUGGUCUGGGGCAAGGGACAGACCACCAGGUGUGCUCACAAGAGCACCACUUUCGAGGGGAGAUGGAAUGUUCUGGUGUGGGGCUCUGCUGGGCUGAGCCGGGACGGGGAGUGGGCAGUAGCAGGAGCUGAGUGCCAAGAUGCCCAGAGAGGAGGGACCAGGAUCUAGUCCAUGUGGGUCUAGAGACAAGUCACUUGUCCAGUGUCCUUGUCACCAACGACCUGGCCGUCCUGAGGUCAUCCUGUGCUCAUAGCCCCAGACCUUGGGAGAAGUGGACUGCGCCCCACAGGUGCUCUGGGGGGACUGGGGAAAUGGUCCACGGUCGCCUCUGGGUGGGGCUCAGCGGGGGAAGGGGAGAGGGCAGGGAUCCGGCCGUGACCACGGAGGGACCCUGCGAAGGCAGGAAAUCUGCUCAGAGGUUUGCAGAGAAACGUGCGGCUGGUGGGAAGCCCCCUGACCCCGGCUCCCCCAGCCCCCACCACCUGCCCAAGGCCCUCAGAUUAGUGCACAGCCCAGUGAGUCAGAGACGAGCCCGGGCGCCCUUCCAGAAAGAGAAAAUGGAAACAGCAGCGGGGACAGAAAUCCCAGGGGCCUCCUCGGAGCAGAAACUGAGGGAUCUCCCGGCAGAUCCGGUGGAGGCUGGGGGUGAGGAAGGAGGAGAGAGCCAGAGGCCCCCAAGGCACCAGCUGGGACACAAGGGCCCCCGGCCAGGCUGAUUUACAGGUGCAGAGUCCCUGGGCUCAGAGGUCCAAGCUCCACGGGGCCAGGAGAGCCUACAGCUCGACCCACCCUGCAGCCGGCUCUGCUCUCGGCCAGGCCUCCACCUUCUUCCCAGGCCCCCUCACGGCCUCCCUGCAAGGCCAGGAGUAGGGAGGCCCCCCCAGCCCAGGACACACCUCGCUGUCCCCAGAUAUCGCUCAGGGAACGCGUGCGUGGUGACUUCCCCUGAGGCUUGCUGGCCGGCCGUGAGCAGAAGGACUCAGGCUGCCUCUGAGGUCAGCGCUAGAGAGAAGGAUGGAUGGGUGAUGUCCAGAGGGGGCCACGGGAGACCACGGAAGGCCACGGAGACCUGGCACUCGCCACCUCAGCCUGGCAGACUGUUCAUCCCCGGACGGAUGUCCAGCUCGCAGCCAAGGCUCGGGGAAGACGCCAGAGUCGACAGGCGGACGCACCGUCCCAGCCGCAGGAUCCUAAGGAGAGCAGGACGCUGGGCGUCACGUGGGGUCCUGGCUGGGGUCCUGCGACAGACAGACAGGGCGUGAGGAAGGACCCAGGAGCCCGAACCAACUCCGGGCUCUUUCUGUAACCACAUACCCGGCUGGUUCAUUGGCCGCCACAAACGCCGGCAGGAAGCACCAGGGUAAGAUGCUGACUCCCCUCUGCACUUGCUCUGCUUAAUGGACACAGUGUUCUACAAUUAUUUUAAUUAGUUGCCAAUUUAAAAAAUUAGGAGGUUGAGCCUGAGGACCUGGAUUUCUGGCCUCUCCGGAAAGCUCGGGGGCCGGUCACGGAUGCGGGUCAGCCGCCUCUCAGCGGCGCCGUUCCCAGGCUCUCCUUCCCGAGCCACACGGCCUCUCCCCCGCAGUUAGGCCCCUGGGCAGUCCCCUGGCUAUGGUCUGCCCUAGAGAGGGCAGGCUGUUGACACAGCCAGGGUAAGAGCGGAGGGCCGGGGGCACCCCUCCACAGCACGCUUGGCACCAGCUCACGUCCCAGGGAACGCGGGACCUGCACAUUCUAGAAGCCCUGUCCCGCGCCCUCAGAAGCAAGGAUGUGCCCCACUGCCCUCUCAUAAGUUUUCACGUAGACUGCAUUUCUUUGACGAAAAACAUGAUGUAGGGGGAGAAACAGAAGAUGUGCCGUGUAAUUUCUCCUGAUUUAUUCCUCCUGUCCUGUGAGCAGUGGGAUCCCGUCUCCUAGUCUCCAUCCAGCCUGGGCCUCUGCCGGCGGCUCCUUGGACCGCGGGUUCCAGGCAAUUGUCUCCCCCACGCCCAGCUGGCCCACAGGUCUCCUCGGGGGCACAGAGCAGGGGCCAGCAGGCCCCAGGGACCCCAGGGACAGGACUCAAGCGCAGGCUUGGCCCCCGUUACUCUGGUCCCAGCAGCAGCAGGCCUGUCCUCGGACGGGCAGGCGGAGGACACUGGCCAGCGGACUUGACACCAAGCCCCACGUGGCUCUAGGCAGCUGGGAGUCCACGUGCUUGGGCCACCCUGGGCCCCCGUAAAUGCCAUUCAGGGAGUCUCUGAGAUAGUGUCCCCAGAAAGUCUCACCUGAGACCAAACCCACACAAAACUGGGCAAAUUGGAGGAGGCACUGGGGGUCCUGCCCCACCAGACCAGCUCAGGGAGGGGGACAGGCAGGGGCCUCACCAUAGCCAGUGGCAACUCUUGCCCUGCAUCCGCCCCUGGGAUGCUUCCAGAUCUCAUCUCCAUGCCUGCUUGGGGCGUGUGGAGGGACACGAUGACCACUGGCCAGACUGUCCCCUGAAAACCCAGCUUCCACUGAGCAUGGGCAGCCCAGCCCCUGCUUAUAGGCAAAUCUAAUAUUCCAAGGGCCUGUGGAAGGGCCAGUGGAUGGGGACGCACAUUGCAGAGGUAGCCCGUGGCUGGAGCUCCCCUGUGCUCAAAGAGUUUGCUGAGGACAGCAGUGGCGCCCUGUCCGCAGGGAGCCGUGGACACUGAUGCGGGCUUGGCCUGGGAAUCACGGUGUCAGGGGGCCGUGUCUGGAGUUGCGGCCAACGUGCUCGGCAGCCUAGAAGCCCCUCAAGAAGUAGUGGGGGACACGCACUGGCCCAGCACUCUGAGGGAGUCCCACGCACCUUGGGGAGGCAUGGGGGGCUCAGGCUUGGAGUCAGCCUGGGAGUCAGCCGUUACUGGACUGUGGCAGUGCAGGCUUCACUGUCCCUCUGCCCCCGGGGGUGGCCCAGCGCUGCCCUCUGAGUCACUCCGAGUAGGUCUGCGACACCCCACCCACGAGCGCGCUCCGGAGGCUGGAGAGCGUGAGUGCCCCCCACGCCCCAGGCACUGCCUCUGCCGACAUGCCCGGGUGCCCAAGAGCGUGAGCCGCAGCCGGCGACCUCACGCAGCCAGCAGGCGCUCAGCUAACACGCACCCACAGCGCGGCUGGCCAGAGCAGAGGGCCCGCGGCAUCCCUCCGAGACCACGUCUAGCACCGACAUGCCCUGAGGAGGCCAAGGGUGGAGGGCGCAGCGGAGGGCAGAGCCCCAGCAGGCACCGAGGACCAGGGGACGGCAGCCACCGCCUGGAAGGGAAGACGGGGGCCCUGGGCCACACAGCUGCGGUCCGUCCAGCAGGCAGGCAGCGCUAGCUGAGCGUGCCGCUUCGAAGGAGGGAGGGAUCGGGAGAUUUGUUCCGGUGGGGCAGGUGGGGAGGCUUCAGGCAGGAGCAGAAAUCGAACGGUGAAAAAGGAGACGCCAUUCUUGAUGGAGUCAACACCCGGGCUCUUAUUUCUGACCUUUUACCACUAAGAAGACCAAGGGCCAGAUCCAGGGCAGGGCAAGAAGGCCAAGGCACUUCCCCCGCGGAGGAGUACCCAGAUGAGGUUAGCGAUGGCGGUGAUGGCGGUGAUGGCGGUGACGUCAGUGCUGGCGACAGUAACGGUGACGAUGGUGGUGACGGUUAUGACGGUGGUGGUGGUGGCGACGGCAGUGAUGGUGAUGGUGUGACGGUGGUGGUGCUGGUGAUGAUGUCAGUGUUGGUGACCGUAAUGGUGACGGCGAUGGUGGUGGUGAUGGUGGUGGUGACGGCGGCGAUGACCACGGUGGUGGCGGUGGUGGUGGCGGUGGUGGACGCAGCAUGGCACAGCCACACUGUCCUGUGACUUCCAUCUCUGGUGGAUUCUAAGUUUUACUCAGUCAUGUACUGAAGCUUCACAACCACACGUUUUGGGGGACACAAAUGUGCCUCAAUUUUACAGAAGUCAAAUGAAGUAACUGUUUCAGGCCUCACACUCAGGAAGCAGGAUCUGAAGUCAGGCCUGAAGAUAGAGGGUGUCAUGACCACACUGCUACUCAGUGGGGACUGACACAUGUCUGACGAGGAAACCAGGACCCCCACUUCUGCCCAAAGUGUACCAGGGAGCCACACGCCCCCCUUUCUGCUCCCCAGGUGAGUAGCAGGAAGCCUAGUCUGCCAGGGGCCCACGCCCCCCUGACUUUGCCUGUCAUACCGUCCCUAGACCUGACGGCUCCCUCGGGUGGAUGCAGGGGACAGAGGUGGUAUUGGGGUAUGACCAGCCACACAUCAGAAAGAGGCCUGGAGGGGACAGGGCAGACCCCUUCUCUCCAGCCUGCACAGCACUUGAUACACAGGGACCUGGAGUGGACCACUUUGGGGUCCCCCCAGCACAGAGCCAUAAGACCAACCUAAAGGAAGAGCCCAUCUUCAGCCCUAGGACAGAGAACACUUUUGGGCCAUGGGUGGGCAGGAGACCAGUCCUCUUGAAGGAUAGGAGUGAGCUGGCAACUGACUCAGAGGAGAGCAGGGGUCUCCUCCCCCUCGCACAAGGCCGGCAGUGAGCCUCGGGGGGCAGGGGGUGGGGACAGGGAAGCAUCCGUCCACCUUGUGACACAAACCUGGUGGGGAACGAGGAACCUCGUUCUCAGAAACUCAGGGAGUCGGUGGCUGCUCGCAGCCCCGCCCAUGUUGGCACUGCCAGUCCCUGCCUUGCAUCCAGGAGCCUCCUGUGGGCCUGCAAAGGUGGACACAGGCUGUUCCCCCAGGAGAGAGUGAGGUGGCCACAGCCCCUUCCUGCAGAGUUGCCCACCUCCCCUGAGAGGACUCUCAGCCCAUCAGGCUGCCUGGUGACUCCUCUGUGUCUCCUUUCCAACACCUUUGUUAUCAGCGGUCAGAGGCCGAGGGCCCCCAGGGGCCUGCUGAUGAGGCCAUACCGCCCCCACGGCGCUCUGAGGUCACAGCCCUAUCCAGACCUUGGGAGGUCCCUGACCUCUGACCUCCUCUGAAGUGGAGGAGGAGAAGUAGGCGUGGGGGUGGGGCAUUCCAGACGGAGGGGACAGCAGGUGCAAAGGCCUUCAACAGGAAUGUGCUCCCCACCCUCCCCAGGACGGUGCGGGGCCUGCGGUUCUCCCGCGUCCGGUGAGGAGGGGCCCCCGGCAAGGCUACGGGGCCCUUCGGGCUGCCGGAAGCUGGGACGGGCAGCCAGGGCACCGCAUCCGCCCGCGCCGGGCAGCCCGCAAAAUCCCGCGCCACCGGGAGGCACGACUGCGGCUGGGGUCGGGGUCCGCGGGCGGCUCCAGGCCACGCCCCAGGCCACGCCCAGGCCACGCCCACCAAGACGCGGGCGGGGGAUCCUGGUUCCCCGCAGCGGACCCGGAACCGCCACGGGGCUCCCCGGUUUGCGCGGGAGUCGCGGCUCCCACCCACGGCCCUGCGCACGCGCGCGUUCCCGCACGGAGGCUCGCGCGGGCGCGCGCACACCGACCCACGCGCGGGCGCGCGCACACCGACCCACGCGCGGGCGCGCGCACGCGCACACCUGCGCCUGGCGAAGCCUCGGGCGCCCCCUGGUGGCCACGUCCGGCAGCACUCGCCAGCCCACGAGGACGCUCCCACCACCCCGUGCGGCCUGGGAGCCGUGGUGGGUCUGGGUGAUGGACUGGGGGGCCGGGGGCGCGCUGGGACUGGACUCUGAACUUGACCUGCCUCCCAGCUCCUGCCGCCCAGUCCCCGUUUGCAGGAAUAAAGCCGUACUUUUCCCCAGAACACCCUUACAUCAUGUUACUAUGGGACUACAGAAUUACUCUAUUUCCCAAAGAAUGUGUCUGGGGGUUGGGGGUGCUUUCCACACCUCGCGUGCAGCCUCGAUGCCGGAGGUGGCUGGCGUCCAGCGGGCAGGACCGUCCUCACUGGCUGUCCCCGUGUCCCUGAGGGUGUCCUCUACCUCUGAGGCCCAGACGGCCGAGCCGCCCGCACCUGCUUGCUGAACCGUUUCUCUAACGAUGUCCACUCGGACGAGCGCACUUCUCACUGUCCACGCCGUGUGUUUCCUUUCCCCUCUGUCUGCCUUUGGCCAGGCUGCCGGCCUACAGCACACACCUGGGAGAGGCAGAGACGUCCGCCACCCCCCUCCCGAGGCAGCCGCCAACCCC